AUGAAAUUGAUCUACUUUACAACUCUAGCCGCCUGCUUGGCAGCCGUCUACAUUGAAAAUGCAUUCGGUUGUCAUGAACGGCACAUGGGCGGUGACUCAGUCACCUGCGUCUGCAGUGCUCAACUGAAUUGCGACGGGGAACAUUCUCUGGAGCACCUGAACCAUAUCUCCAAAGAAAGUGGUCAUGUGACGAGCUUUGUGUCUUCACAGGCAGGUUCACGUUUUAAACAGCACGACCACAAGUUUUCCUCCUCUGCUAAUGGACACUUUAACCUGGAUAUUGAAAUUGAUCGAAACAAAAAACACCAGAAAAUUGUGGGCUUUGGGGCGGCUUUUACAGACAGCGCCGGGUGGAACAUUGGCCGAUUGCCCCGCGAUUUGCAGGGACGGCUAAUUAAGGAUUACUAUGGACCAGACGGUAUUGAAUACCGCCUUGGUCGAGUCACCAUUGCAGGGUCAGACUUCAGUACUCGUUCUUACUCGUAUGACGAUCACAAUCACGAUGAAAGUUUGAGCACAUUUGCACUGCAGAAUGAGGAUUUCAACUACAAACUGCCCUUUAUGCGGUGGGCGAAGGAAGUAAGCAAGCAUCCAAUUAAGUUUUUCGGCAGCGCAUGGAGUCCUCCGGCCUGGAUGAAGACUAACGGACAGCUAAAUCACGGUGGAUUUUUGAAAGGAGCUGCUGGCGGCAAAUACUACGAAGCAUUUGCAAAAUACACAGUUAAAUUCAUUCAGGAGUAUGCAAAAAACAACGUUUCCAUCUGGGGAGUAACAGUGGUCAAUGAGCCUGGUUUCGGAAAUGAUCGCAACUUCCGAUACAACUGUCUGGGCUUUACCGCUGAAGAGCAACGCGAUUACAUUAAAAAGGAUCUCGGACCGGAACUGCACAAAGCUGGCCUUGGCCAUGUCGCAAUACUUCACUACGACCACAACAUUGGAACUGCCUAUCACUGGUAUGAAAGGAAGAACAACAAGUUUGAUCAUUCCAUUCUGCAGCGAAUCUCUGAGAAAUACCCCGGCAAACUGCUUCUCAACACUGAAGCCUGUCUCGGUUACUCAAGAUCUUCCAACCUUGGAGACUGGAAUAACUUUAACGAGUACGCCGAAGAUAUUCUUGGCGUUUUAAAUCACAAUGUUCAAGGCACGGUAGUAGACGCACCAAUUCACGUCAGCGAUGAUGGUCAUGAGUACUACAAGCUGCCUUUGUACUAUGCAAUGGGACACUUCAGCAAGUUCCUCGUUCCUGAUUCAGUUCGCAUUGAGCACCGUUUGAAACAGGACAACGAAGGACACAACGUUGACUUUGUCGCCUUUGAGCGUCCCGACUCUAGCGUCGUGCUGACUCUGCUCAACAAAAACUCCCACAAAGUGUCCGUAAAGGUACACGAUCCUAAGCACGGCUUUUUCACUGUGGAUGUUGCUGCAAAAUCGAUGGAGUCGAUGAUUUGGUAUUAA